AGCAAGCAAAACAUAAACUUCUCUCUCUCUCUCUCUCUCUCUCUCUAGGAGGGGCUUCUGGGUCUCACUGUUCAAUCAAAACAGAGCAGAUUUUUCUGUUUGUUUCUCGGGAAAACUAACUCAAGAAAGACAAGAAGGAAAAUCAUGGGGGUGGUGGAGGAAGAAAGAUCAAUGGAAGCAGGGCUUCUCCCAAGAAGAUACCAAAACGACGACGAAGAGUGUCGUAUCACUGCCUGUGUCAUCCUCAGCACUUUCGUUGCUGUCUGCAGCUCCUUCACCUUUGGAUGCGCUACCGGUUAUUCAUCGAGUUCUGAGGAAGGGAUUAUGGAAGAACUAGGGCUUUCCGUGGCAGAAUUUUCGGCGUUUGGUUCGUUUACGACGUUGGGAGCAGCGGUUGGGGCUUUGUUCAGCGGCAAAAUGGCAGACACCCUCGGCAGAAGAGGCGCUAUGUGGGUGUCUGAUUUACUGUGCAUCGUGGGUUGGUUCUCCAUUGCUUUUGCAAAGGACGUCAUCUGGCUGGAUUUUGGGAGGAUAUCCUCGGGUAUCGGAGUCGGCUUGAUUAGCUAUGUGGUGCCAGUCUACGUAGCGGAAAUCACGCCUAAGCAUAUGCGUGGUGCGUUUGUGUUUUCCAACCAGCUUCUUCAAAAUUGCGGGGUUGCCCUGAUUUAUUUCUUCGGAAAUUUCAUUAACUGGCGAGCCCUAGCUUUAAUAGGGGCUAUACCGUGUUUUGUUCAAGCCGUCGGUUUGUUUUACAUACCGGAGUCUCCAAGAUGGUUGGCAAAAAUUGGUACGGAUAAAGAAUUGGAAAAUUCCCUCCACCGUCUUAGAGGCAGAGAUACUGAUAUUUCGCGUGAAUCAACCGAAAUACGAGCCAUGACCCAAAUAUUGGAACAAGAUUCGAAGUCGGAUUUGUCGGAUUUGUUCCAAAAGAAAUAUUCGCGCACUCUCAUGGUGGGAAUUGGGCUGAUGUUGAUACAGCAGUUAUCAGGAAGUGCUGGUGUAAUUUAUUAUACAAGCACAAUAUUCAGAAAAGCUGGCUUUUCGGUCGCCAUUGGGUCAUCGAUAUUAGGUCUUUUCAUGAUACCUAAAGCCAUGCUUGGCCUUAUCCUCGUAGAUAACUGGGGAAGACGACCUCUCCUAUUGGCUUCUGCUAGUGGGAUGUGCAUAAGUUCCGGACUUCUAGGAGUUUCCUUCACGUUACAGAAAUUUCAAUUGGUGCCGGAACUUACUCCCAUAUUCACAUUUCUCUGUGUAGUGGUGUAUAUUGCAGCAUUCGCAAUAGGAGUGGGUGGGCUCCCAUGGAUCAUAAUGUCAGAGAUAUUUCCAAUAAACAUAAAGGUUACGGCAGGAAGUUUAGUGACUCUAACAUCAUGGUUAAGCAGUUGGGUCGUCACUUACACUUUCAACUUCAUGUUCGAAUGGAGCGCUCAAGGAACGUUUUAUAUAUUUUCGGGGAUAUGUGGAGCGUCGUUGGGGUUUAUAUGGUUGCUCGUGCCGGAAACCAAAGGGCUCACACUUGAAGAAAUACAAGCCUCCCUCACCACUCAGCAUGUUACGACGUUCUUGGAAUAAUUUAUUUUUUUAUUUUUACACUCCGAAUAUUAUUAUUAUUAUUAUUAUUAUUAUCAAUGUAUCAUAUGUGUAUUCUUUACACUGUUUGUACGUAUGCAUACGUAUGUGUAAUUAUUAUUUGAGUUUCUUUUUUCAAUGGAAAAUGUCUCGUCUUUUAUGA